AAUUUGUAUAAAGAAGUAUACGAAUAUAAGUAUAACACCACCACCCAAAGUUGGCAAAAAAAAAAUCAGUACCAAACUAAGUGAUCGUAACUACUCGUUCAUAAAACCAAAAAAAAAAGAUUCCAAAUUAGGACACCUCAGUUUUAAUAAGAUUCUGACUUAAUAUUUGGCGAUGAUUAUAUUAAUUCAGUUUCUUAAACAUAAACUAAGAAUGAAAGACUGCAUAAUUGAAAGGAAAAUACUUUAUAAUGACAUGUAUUAUUUUAUAAAAAAAAAGAUUGUUAAAGGAAGUUGGCUAUAGUGGUCGCUUUGGUGAACUCCACUCCAACGGUGGUUUGUAUCUUCUUCAUUCCCAUCACUACCACAAUCCACACUCUUCUUCUGCUUCUUCUCUUUUGCGUAGUGGUGUGUUAAAGAACUUUUUAUUGUUGAAAAAACUUAAAUUAUGUUUCCUUUAGUGAACUUUUAUAUAUGCUGUUUUGGGGUUGAAGAAGUGUUUAAAUUGAAUUUGAUUUUUAAGAACUGUGUUCUUUGAUUUAAAUUUAUAUUGUACUAUAUUAAGAAAAAAAAUUGAAAUAACAUUUCGACCGUUUUAAUAGUAAGCAGCAUUUCGUAAGAAAGUAUGGUCAACUCUUUUGACAAGAUCAAGCUAAAUUGGCAAUGAUAUAACCCUUUACAUAAUAAUUUUUAAAAUUUAAAAUAGUUAUAUUAUAAAACUCAAGAAUUCAAUCAAAGUGUAUUGAAUAAUGUGAAACGGACCUGACUUAUCAAUUUUCUGACGCAAGAUAAGCCCAAGCCAAACAUCCACGUACAGAACUCUUUGAUUUGGUCCAAAGAAAAUGAAAAAAAAAAUCAUAACGUUUUCUUCAUUUUUGUUACUUUAGGAAAAACAGAAUCUAAGAACAAGUAAUUAACUAAAUAGAGUAGCAGCAACAACCAAAGCUGCAAAUAAUAAAUUAUUUUUUAGAGAUAGCCAUACCAAUUUAUAUACUAUUUUAAUGAAUUCUUAAUAUUUACUCAAACAAACCAAAUAUAUACAAAAAAUACAAUUUAUAACAUGUUUUGUAGACAUAAUGUGAAAAUUCAGAGGCUAAAAAGAAACCAGAUACAAUACUAACACUACCUUGGGAAGAGCUUUACAGAUAAAACCAAGUUAUGGAUAUGGGCAGUAGUUUGAUGAAUGGAGCCCAGAGUAUGACGCUAAUUGUUCAGUCUUGGUUUGUUUAGUCUACGGUCAUGUGCUAAAUAGUGUAAUUACUAUAGAAAUAAAAGCGAUGGCUCAAUGGAUGAUUUUAUUUAUUAAAAAUGGAUUAGACUUAACCCUGAUUUUUAAGAAAUAAAAGGACACAUCAUCUUACACCAAAAUGAAGAGGCAAAUAAAGAAGACGCAAAGCAUUGAUUCUCCCAAACUCCAAUCCUAAGAAUCAUACAUGAAAGAAGAUUUUGUAAUAUUCCACAAACUGUAAACCAUUAAGAAAAAAAAGAGCUUUAACUUUAGGAAUUGGAAGCACAUCACACACAAAACACAAAGUCUCUGUUUCACCUUUUAACCCAUUCAAGAAUUUUCCUUUAAUUUCAGUGCCCCUCUUACUUUGCUUAUUUAUCUAUCUAUCUCUCCCCCUCUGUUUCUUCGCCUUCUCUCAGCUUUUCAUCUUUAUCAGGUAAAGAAUUAUGAUAAGCAUAUCCCUGCACAUAUCUCUCUCUUUCUAAUUUAACAAAAAAAGUUUGCAUGCGCAGACGGUUUUGUAUAUCAUAAAGUUUAGCUUUCUUUAGCUACUUUUUUGCUAUGUUAUAUGUAUGGUUCAUGGUUGUUGUAAUAUUGAGAAGUAAGACCAUGUCAAGUGUUGAAACUUAAAAGAUUUUUGUAUGUAUGUGUGUACGAAAGAAAGAAAGAAAGAGUGAAUGGAGCUGUGGACAGAAGCUAGAGCCCUAAAGGCAAGUCUAAGAGGAGAAGCUAUCAAACAUCAAGUGAUCGUGUCUGAGGAACUAAGCAGAACUUCUUCUGCUGAAGAUUUCUCCGUUGAGUGUUUCCUCGAUUUCUCAGAAGUUCAAGAAGAAGAAGAAGAACUGGUCUCUAUUUCUUCUUCACAAGAAGAACAAGAACAAGAUUGUUGUAACAAUAGUUCACAGCCUUGCAUUUUUGAUCAACUUCCUUCUUUGCCGGAUGGAGAUGUUGAAGAGCUUGAAUGGGUAUCUCGUGUAGUUGAUGAUUGUUCAUCACAAGAAGUCUCACUUCUCUUCACACAAACCCUCAAAACAAAACCAAACUUCUCAUCUCGAGUUCCGGUUAAACCAAGAACCAAACGGCCUAGGAACAGCUUAACCGGCGACAGGGUCUGGCCACUCGUUUCAACCAACCAACAUGCAGCAGGAGAGCAGCAGUGGAGGAAGAAGAAGAAACAAGAACCGGUCAUUGUGUUUCAACGAAGAUGCAGCCAUUGUGGCACAAACACCACACCUCAGUGGAGAACCGGUCCGGUCGGUCCAAAGACCUUAUGUAACGCAUGUGGAGUUCGGUUCAAGUCCGGUAGGCUAUGUCCGGAAUACAGACCGGCGGAUAGUCCGACGUUCUCUAAUGAGAUACACUCAAAUCUUCACAGGAAGGUUCUUGAAUUGAGAAAGAGUAAAGAGUUGGUUGAAGAAGAAACAGGUGAAGCUAUUACUAAAACAGACCAAGUCAAAUUUGGCAGCCAAAGUGGUAGAGAAGACUUAGGUAAAAUGUAAACCUACUUUUUUUAGCAUUAUCUCUAGUGUUGUGUAAUUUUAACAACUUGCUUCAUUACAUUGGAGGCUGUUUUGGAAUUAGUCUAUAAAAAAUGGGUUUCUCUAUAAAACAAGAUUAUGUAAUUUUUAAUGAUGUGAGAGACCACCACCACUACUUACUUAGAAUGAUUUUGGUCCAUGUAAGGUGGCAUAGUCGCAUAGACUUUUUGUAAGUAUGUGGCAAACUGUAAUAGCUAAUACUUUAUAGUUAUAUUUUGUAUAUCCUC